AUGGCCGUGAACCAAACCGUCACUGUGCUGGAGAAAGCUGAGGUGGCACCACUGCCGGAAUCUCUCUUCCUUUCACAUACCCUGAUUCCGACGAUCAAAACUUCAUUAUCCCUCACCCUUCAACACUACAGUCCCCUUGCCGGUAGAGUGAUUGUUUCACCGGACAAUUCAAACCUGCCGGAAAUUCGUUACGUGGACGGAGACACCGUCCCGUUAGUCUUUGCCGAGUCUAACUCCGGCAAUGGUCAUUUUGACCAUCUCACGUCGGACCACCCAAGAAACAAUACUGAAUUCCAUCCUCUUGUUCCGAGCUUACCGCCAAUUUCGCGUGCGGCGGACGGCUCCGGCGUAAUCCCCGUGCUUGCGCUACAAGUGACGCUUUUUCCCUGCGUCGGAGUAACUAACCACCACGCAAUUGGUGACGCUAGUAGCAUCUUUGGAUUCAUGAAGGCUUGGGCUUUCUUUUCCAGUCAAAAACACGAAAACACUUCCCCUGUUUCUUUCCCAGAAGAAUUCCGACCAUUUUACGACCGAUCAGUGAUCCAAGAUCGGAAAGGUCUAGGAACACAUAUCUGGAACCGCAUGAAAAACAUCAGGAUUGAGGACACACACGUUCACCGCCUUCCAUUAAUCACCGACAAGGCGCGGGCAACGUUUGUAGUGACACGAGACGACAUCCAACGGCUCAAAAACCACAUCCUUUCGCGGCGACCCGAUCUCGUACACGUGUCGUCAUUUACCAUGAUUUGCUCGUACGUGUGGAAUUGCUUAGUGAAAUCGCGGCACGAGACAAAUCCAGAGAGUAACGCCGACGAGGACGAUUACUUUUUCUGCGCCGCCGAUUACCGGGCGCGUUUGGACCCACCGGUGCCCAGAAAUUACUUCGGCAAUUGCAUCCUGGGUUUUGUCGGGAAGGUGAAGAGGAAGCAACUCGUCGGAGAAGAAGGGUUUGAAGAGGCGGCUGUGGUGAUCGGAGAAAGUAUUCAUAGCCAACUGGACACUAAUAAAGAUGAUGAUAAGUGGGAAGAAUUAAUCCUGACCGAUCUUUGA